AUGUCCGAUGAUUCUGCAACGGGGAACCUGGGGUCCCCAACACGGUUGGGAGGCAGUUCGAGCCCUCCAGCCUUCUCGGUUUCGUGCGAUAAUGGCGUGUCUGAUACGCGGUUGGCUUCCUCAGGACGAUGCAACAUUGACCCCAGUCGCUCAGCCGCCAUUGAGCGUUUUCUUCUUGGUGCCCAAACAACUACUGCGCCACCUCUUGGGGGUGGACUCGCAACUUCUGUCGCAAGCACUUCGGCGCCGGGAGGUGACUACAUUCGGGGGCCACAGAGUGCUGUUGACAACGUAAGCUUUGUUUCUGUGAAGCACCCAGAGAGCGCUGAUGCGCCACUCUCUGAGCCUAAGCCUGCGGCUUCUCCCAAAAAUACUUUUACUGUGGCGAAGUCCAGCGGCACCGUAGUUGGCCGUAGUUCGAGAUUGGGAGAAAAGAGUUUGGAGCCGUCAGCGGGCGCAGAAGCAAAAAUUAAGUCUCCGAAGGAAAUUCCUCCGGAGGCAGAACCACGUGGACGUACUCCCCCGUCAAGGGGAAGGGUGAAGUUGGUGCUUGACACACCAGUGCAGCUCAGAUCCCCAGUGUCGGAAAGGUCACCUACGCCACCUGUAGAGGUUAGAUCGGCGUUGGCGCAACCGCGGACAACGACAUUAACGAAGUGCAGUUCCGUGGGUCGACCAGCAGCAGUCUUCUAUGGUUCACCAGAUGGUACAAGAAAGUGCGGGAUCAAGCGUACAAAAUCAUUAGGUGAUCUUAGCCAGGCGCUCUUGAGAGGUGAUAGGGCCGCGGACGUAUCCGAAUGGUUGGCGGAGUGUUCGUCGCAUCGAAGGGCAGAUAGAUCAGCUGCAAGUGUGGCCGGAUCUGGCGUGUACCAACGUGGCUCUGGGUUUUCGGAAUUCGUGUCUUUGGGCCCCGUCACCGCAAGAUCAGACCGUGGCGGGAAAUCAGGAGUGCGAACUCAACUCAGAGCUGUGGACCGUGUCCGGCGCGGUGAGGAUCUUAGUAGGGCAGAUGCGCACUUUGAUCCUUCGCCAGGGUUGGGCAGGGGUGGCAGGCAUGAAUGGCAGAGGGGUGGAUUUGCGCGCGGCCGAUUCGCCGAGGAUAGGGCGUACGGACAUGUAGGGCCGGGUUCCCCGGGAUUGCAAUCGCACGCCAGCGCACCACAACUUCCUUACUUCGGUGGUAUGCGCGGUGCCGAACGUGAUAUGGAUACAUCAAUUGGGGGUCGUUCGCUUGGGGCUCCUUCGGUUCAUGGUGCGAUGUCCGACCAGUUUGUUGGGCAACACAUACGGGUGAGGGCGACAAGUGUGACACGCGCUGCCCGUCCGGAAUCACCUACGACGGCAUUCACUCCCGGCACUCAGGGCUCUGGGUUUGCUUCUCCCGGUGUAGGUGGAAAAGGUUCCCAGCCAAGUCCAAGUCACGUUGCUGCUUCCAACUUGGGACAAGCACAUCCACCUGUGGGGCAAGCCACGCAUGCGGAAAGGAUGUUUAUGUCACUUAUCGCAGAUCGAAGCCGUGAAAGGCGUCAGCAUUUCCAACGAACACCGAGCACCUUUUCCCUCCCCGUCAACUGUUCGACGGAUGUGUCGCCUGUUAGGGAUUUGUCUUCGCCAGGGUCAUUUCAAAGCCCGAGUGUCUGUCACGGUGCCAGUGGUGGUGGUGUUGGUGGCGGUGGAAAAGGUGGUGACGGUAGCGGCGGCGGUGGUGGAAAAGGUGGCGGUGGCGGCGGAGAUCGCGGCGGCAAUAAGAAGGGUGGUCGCGCGGGAAAGGUCGCUUCAUCAGCGGGCGACGAAGAGGAGAAUGAGGAGCGUCAAUACAAGGAGAGGAGUUGUACCGCUCUUCACUCCAUUCCUUGGGACCAGCGAGCUUUCCUCCCCGUAGGUGGAUUUGGCAUGAAACGGUUCAGCAUCUUCUCAGCACCCCUCUUCUGGGAAAAGUUGGAUUGGACUGUCCGCGCAUCGCUCUUCACGGUGUUACCGUUAAUGAUUCUUACCCUUGAGCCGAAAACUGAGCACAUAUUUCCCAUGCCGUCGUCCGUGGCUUUCUUGGCUUUUUGGAUAUCGAUGCCAACAUUUGGCUCGGGUCUGCGCGAAUUCAUUAUUGCUCUUAAGGGUUAUGCAUUGAGUCUCCUUCUACUACUAUUCGUUGUACUGGUAGAUCCGCAAUCCACUUGGUUAAUUCUCCUGCUGUUGUUUAUAUUUGUCCUCUCUACAGCGUUUUUUGCGGAGGAGCUGAAGAAAACCUGUGCCUACUGCCUCACGGUUUUCCUGAUGGAGCGGCAGGCCAAACCUGCUGAAACGGGGAUCGAGUUCGUAAAGGACUACUUCAUCACGCUUCUUAUUGCGCUCGCAUUCGGUCUUGCUGCCUUCUUUAUUCCAAGCAUCCGUUGGUCCAGUGACUUGGCUAAAGCAAAAGUGUCAUUUUUGGGUAACUCUCUCAGCAUAUUUGUUCAAGGGACGUGCUCCAGUUUCUGGACCCGUUCCCCACUUGAGCGCGAGUUGCAUAUUCUGCGCCUGCGGCAGUUGCAAUUCACGGCAAAGAAGGCCGCGGACAAAGCAAGGGAGUUCCUAGAGGAGGCUGAUUACGAACCGCACACCGGUCACCAGAUGGAAGGGAUCAAGCAACGUUUGGACUUUUUCACCAACAUGCACGGUAUUCUCUCAUCCAUGGUGCAGGUGGUGGAACUUGUCAACGACGACCCCGGCCGUAUUGAGACCCCUGUUUGCAUUUCCUUUGGGGAGGCCAUUGAGGAAGAUUUGGCUAUCAUUUCUUCGGCUAUGGAUAGCACCAUUCUUAAGAUAUCAGACUUUAAGAAUGGCGUGAACGAGGAGGACAUUCAUCUCUUUUGUGAGGCACGAGAACGAUUUCAAGAUCGUCUCGCAGAGGUGCGCCAACAAGUAAUCCUCAACAAUGAGAUGUACGAGACAGGUGAGUCAGAUGUUCUCUUGGGGUUCUUCAUGUUCAGUGUAGACGAACUCUGUGAGGUGAUUAGUAGUUUCAACCCCAGCAUAGAAGCCAAGAGCCGGUUUCUAUCGUUGUCCCGGGAGUUUUUGAGCAGUUUCAAGAGCCCGUAUGAAGCAUUGCGUAGACUUGUGAUGACCAUCAUUCACCGGCGCACUAUUACAAGGCGGGCAAAGGAGGCGAUCAAACUUGCGCUCUGCAUGACGUUGCCAUCCAUCUUUCAAGUGUACGCCCUCGAUAACAAUGCCACGAGUCCCGUCGCCGGGGCGGCCAUCAUUGCAUUUGUUUACAGCUCAACGGGUGCACAAAGUUUUACUUACGCGGUAAAUCGGGUACUUGGCACGGUGCUUGGUUCGUUGUGUGCACUAAUUGCCGUUCAGGUUGCCGACGGGAGACGGUUGGUUCUGUAUGUCGCCGUCGCGAUCAUUUCCUUUCUGGGGGCGUACGUACAAACAAGCAAGGAAUACUACGCCGCGGGUAAUGCUAUAUGCAACAGCGUCAUUUCUGUAAUAACGCAGUAUAAGAACUCUGAAGCCGCCAUGGUACGUAUCCAACAGAAUCUCUUUGCCAUCAUCAUAUACUUCUGCAUUACGAUGGUGCUGUGGCCGAUGCGAGCACGUAACAAGGUGUAUAUGUCCUUUGACAUUAGCCUCCGCUGUUUUCGUGAAGCCACAUGUCGUCUGCUGCGCAACCUUGACAUGCCGGAGGACGUGAAUGAGGUAGACGCCACCACAACGGAGGCGCUGGCACAGUGGAACAAAAAAAUAUCCCGUCAGGCUUUUUUUCUUCCCGGCGCCGCAACGGAGCCAACGUUAGUCGGCGCAAGCUUUCCGGAGCCAGCGUGGAGCCGACUUAUCGAUGUGCAGUGGAAGUUAUGGGCCAUUGUGUCUAUGAUGCGUUUCGCUUACGUUACUUUCAUGGCCAGCAAGGUUGAUGAUGAAACGGAGCUUUCUGUACAUUGGGUCGUCCUUCGUCGUAUCUCUCCGUUUGCAAAGGAUAUGUGCGACCUACUCUACGCCACAGUGGAUCUUUGUUUGCUCAUACUGAACAAAACAGCGAUAGUGCCGUCCGCUCAUCUCACGCGGUUGCGGCACGGCAUGUUGGACGCGGAGCACAGCAUUGUCGAAACGUACAUUCAGACCCUUGCGCACAAAAUCGCUGGAGAUGGGGGAUCGGCUAAUAACAGCUGUAGUGAUAUGGGAAGUGGACCAGGUGGUGGCAGCGAUGGGGUAAGCAGCCAUCUGGACAUGCAUUCCCCGCGUGGCGUUAGCCAUCCGGACAGUGGAGUUGCCCAACGGCGUAGGAAGCCAAGGGUAACUGAUGGUUAUUUUGUGUAUAACGUCACAGAGGAGGAAGAGGAGUUGAUGCGGACUUUUAGAAACCGGACGUGUAACGCGCGGCAGCUGACGCAAACAUGUGACAACGAUUCUCAUGGUGGUCGGAGCGAUAACGGGAGCGAUGGUGAUGGGGGAAGAAAGCCCGGCCAUCGGAAGGGAAGCGACUCUUCGCGUGACGUGCGAACCCCGGACAAGGACGACGGCAACGGCAGCGGGAACAAGAGUUUUGAAAAAGCUGAGGAUAUCGAGGAGAUCACCCAUGAACACGGGGAGAAAGGAGGCGUCAGGAGGGCUUUGCGGCAACUCUUGCGAAGAAGAACCACUGGACGUCCCUCUGAUGCUGAAACGGACCGCAGAAAGGAGGCCUCUUCAAACGCUCCCGCUGUUGCGGCAUGCCACAGUCAAACAGAUGAAGCUGCAGAUGUGCAUAACAGCGACGAUGAUGUUGAACCGUUGGUGAAGGGCCCGAGGAGGGAUCGGAAGAAGGAAGGUGGAGAGAGACUUUACUCUGAAAGCGAGGUGACUUUAGUUCACUCACAGAGUGAUAACUCUCAGGUAGAGACCCGCGAAUAUACAAUGGAGAAAAGCAGCAAGGCGGGAAAACAACUGGAGAAGCAAUCAAAAAAUGAAACGUUGCGACCCUCCGCAGCCGCCGCUGCUUCUCCUGCACCAGCAGCAGAUAUUUGCACGCGUAGCGAGGAUGGGUCAAGCAGUCAUUCUGUGGGGGGUGAUGGAGUAUUUCCGGCGUGCUCCUUUUUUGACGCGAAGGAAAAGGAGCUUGUAUUGUCGAAUCGAGAUAUUCACAGUCUCGAGGCCUUCCUAUUCGGUGUGCGAGCCCUCACCGUUCAAUUGGGAGACUUGCAGAAAGCUCUGUUGGAGAUGGUGCACUCGAAUGAACUUGAAAAGACGAUGUAA